AAAGUCCGAUGUCUGCCCAGACCACUUCAUCUGUGGAGGUACGGCCAGCUACUGCAGACGGCUCGUCUCUACUGCGGACGGUGGGCCCUGACGACGCGUUUAAUCUCCCACUCUACGAACACCAUCUGGUGAUGGACAUACGACCCUCUCACGAGUACUCUCGAGGACACAUGGCCACCGCUGUCUCCUUCCCCUACCCUCCCCUCCAGACCUCGGAAGAAGAGAGAGAGCGGCUACUAAUAGACUUCAUCCACUCCUACGUGAAACAGUACAUGAGACCAGAGAACCCCAGU